AUGUCAACUUUCAACUCUUUGAUGUCUUCUGAUGAGGAUCCAGAUAUUGGGGACAGCAGCAUGCAUUUGUUCCUUGAGUCAUCACAGACUUCAGAAGUCCCUGAGCAAGGAAGAAGCCCAAGUCCAGCACAGAUAUGGAGGCCACAUUUUGAGACUCAGAGUCCAGUUAUAGCAAAUAGCCCAGUCACAGUUUCGUCAGGUGCUUGUGGAGGGCCACAAGAUACUCCUCGGUCGUAUACCCGACAAACCAGUACCCCUUUACUGGGUAGAGUGCAACAAGAAAACACUACACGUAUAUCCAGCUCGUGUAUUAAGACACUUGAGAAGUUAUUUGACAACCAAAGGACAUUUCUCCAAGAACAGUUUGUCAAACAAAAUGCUCUUGUUGGAGAAUGCCUUUCCAUGUUAAAAACUUUGGAAAAAAGACCAGAAAAUGGAAAGCAGCUGAAUAAAAGUAAAAAUGAGAUUCACGUGCCUGCAUAUAUAAAGCAAUCUGUACGUGACGGAUUUAAACAUAAUAAGAGAGCAAAUGGGUUAAAGUGGACCACAAAAACUGCAGCCGGUACAGUACUAAAAUGCAAUUCGGAAGAAAAUAAAGCAAUGACAGAGGCGAUUUUGAUCUAUGUGAAGGGUCAGCAUCAAACUGUUGAAGAGGGCGUGAUCAGGUGUGGGAUUGAAACGUAUUUCAAUUCUGUUAAACAGAAGGAGAUAAUGGAGUUAACAGGGAAAAAGGAAGAACAUAAUAGAAAAAUGGUUCUCUAUGGCCGAAAACACAGGAAACUUAUCAACCGAAGAAGAACCCUAAAAGAAAGAAAAAUUGAUCCAAAGGAGGAGGAAAGGUUCAUGAAAGCAUUGGAGAUUGAAACCAUGUCCUCAGAAGAUUCCGAUUCUGAGGACGAUUCUAUCUUCGUUACACGUCCUCUGUCGUGGGUGUCGACAGAGUUUAAACAGCUGAUACAGCGUUUGGAUAGAAAAUACGAUCGUAUGUUAAAUGCUCAGGGGAAGAGAUUAAAAUCCAAAAGAACAGUCGGGGAGCCUUCAGAUAGACCGUGUCCCAAAAAGCCCAAGGGACUGGAGUGGAUGUUUGGCUAAGGUGAUAUGGAGUUUUGACCAUCAGUCAUUUCAGAUACAUGUACUAAUAAACAUUUUGGCAUGCAUACAUGGUCUUGUUUAACUUAUUACGACGAAUUAAUUUGAACUUAUGUUGCCGUCUCGUUUCAUUGUGUUUAUAUUCAGUUUCAGCUAAACAUGAAAAGAACCACGGGUCAUUCUCCCUUAACGUAAAACCAUUUGAUAUGCUUGGUGGGAUAGGGAAGCGGUGGAUUGACACACACGAGCUGCACACAAACAUAUUUUCACUUUUGUGCACAAUUGUUUAUUUUUUGUAAAAUUUUGUUCGCUUGGAUCUAUUCUUUCAAUAAUGUACAUGUUUAUUUUUAAAUGAAAUGUAGCAUGUGUAUGUCAUUGAUUAUGAUGUGUUAUUCAUUUGUUUUGUCUUAUCAUUUUUUUCCACUAAAACUAUUAAUCAAUUCACAAAAUUCAUUACAUUUAUUUUUAUGGAUUUUUAUAAAUAGAUUUGCUUAUCUUGGUUGCCCCUUCUCACGAGGAACAGGGUAUGGCGAAUAAUGAACAUA